AUGUCAUCAACUAAAAUAAAAAAAUCCCGCUAUUCCAAAUUACAAGAACAACUUAAUAAACUUGAAAAUAAAUUUGAUAUACUGGAUGAUGAUUUACUUGAGUUUAAAUGGGAAAUAGAUGAUAUUAAAAAGACCUUAUCUUUGAUUAAAUCUAGCAAUACAAAGUUUUUUAAAAAUUCCGGAACUCUAUCUGAAUCAGACUUAUCAGAUAAUAGGGGAGCUAGGUUACAUAUAAAUCUUAUUUAUUUGAGAUUAAAAGCAGUCGAGUCUGAGCUAAGAGAUAAAAAGGCAAAAUGUAAGUGUGAAUUACCAAAAUUUGAGACCGAUAAUAGCGAUACAUCAGAUGAGAUGGAAUCUCGAAGCUUUGCUUCCUCAAAUUGUUCUGAUAUUUUACCUGAUGUUAUUACA